AUGAAGCGAGUACGAGAGGUUGGAGAAGGUUCGAGUGAGUCAGACGAAGACUCACCUGCCAAACGAGUCGCUCAGGAUGUCGACAUUGCAUGGACCGCGGAUCUCGAUCCGCAGCCUUGGCCUGAAAUGCUCACGACAAUCUUAGGAGUUGAGGAGGCUGGCGAUGACGUGGACUCGGCAGAAGACUCGGACGAUGUGCUCAGCCUUGCCAGUGCCCCCCAGACUGAGCAUGGUACUAAGGUGUCGAUCGAUCGCGCCGCAUUGGAAGAGGUUGGUACACGGAUUGACACGUGGGCGGCGAGCAUGAUGAGGAAUCAGCAUGAAACAGUGCAGAGAGAGUUCGACGAGAUGUGGCAGGACUCGUUCGAUGGCACAGACAACUCACAAUCUGACCGCAUGCAAUGCUUUAGGAUGAUUCACAACCGCCGCGCCAGACUAUUCGGCGACAUGCAGGUUCUGCGACGGAAGCUCGUGGCCAUCAACCGCUCGGAGAAGUCAUGGGCACGUUGUACCUUUAUCGCAGAUUCCACUACCGGGUUCUUGAAGCUAGAUGACGGGUCUUUAUGUGCUCAGCUGGACCAUCAUCUCUUCAGUCCUCUUCAGACUCUUGAUCAGAUGCCCUCAAUCCGCAUUCUCGCAUAUGUGCGUAUUGACGGCUGGAUGCGGAUCAUUGAUCGUGCCAAAAGGCCAAAAGAUGCGGAAACUAAUGUUGAUUUGAAUAUCUAUGGUGCAGUAAGUGCCCGCACGGCAGUGGGCGAUUUGCUCUCAGACCAAGGGAUUUACCUUCAGAACCCAAAACACUGUGAGGAAGACGUUGAGUACGAGAACCCUCACAUGUUGGCCCUCGAGGACGUUGAGCAUGAUGGAGAUGAAAUGGAUGUCGAAAAUAUGGAUUGGCAGCCCGAAACCUCCAGACCGCCAGAUAUUCAGCAAACUAUAAAGGACAUAUGCUCUGAAGAAACCAGAGACCGCCAAUAUCCAGAGGAACAAGAGUACAUGCAUGUCACGGUGCCACUCCUUCCCCAUCAGAAGCAGGCAAUCCCGUUUAUGAUCGAAAGAGAAGCUGGUCCUAUUCCGGCUGAGCACAAGCUAUGGAAAUGGACAGAGACCGAGGCACAGUCUGGUUUUCAACAUCAAAUUACCAAGUCCUGGACGCAGGAGCCACGCAUGGAGACUGGUGGCGGCAUACUUGCUGAUGACCCUGGCAUGGGCAAGACUCUGUCAAUGCUGGGUCUGAUUGGGCGGAGGCUAGCAGAUGCGCGUACUUGGUCCGACAAUCAUGAGGAUGAUCAACCCGAGAGCAAUGUCAGUAGGCUGACAAAAGUCCGUUCAAACGCCACAUUAGUUGUAGUUCCAUCCUUUCAGGUGAUGGAGGUGUGGUUGACCCAAGUCAAAGAUUUUUUGGACACUUCGCUGCAAGCCCUCAAGUAUCAUGGCAGGUACCGUCCAAAGCAAGUGGACAAGGUAGCCAGAGCCGACAUUGUGUUCACGACUUACCACACGCUGGCAACGGAGCGGAAAGCAAACAAGAAUAUUUUGAGAUCCAUCCACUGGUUCCGCAUCAUCCUUGAUGAAGCACACUACAUCCGUCGGCAGUCCACCGGUUUGUACGCGGCGGUUAACGAGCUCGAGGCCUGCAAUCGAUGGUGUUUGACUGGGACGCCCGUCCAAAACAAGUGGGAAGACCUGGGAGCAUUAUUCGCUUUCAUUCGUGCAAGUCCGUUUAACAACAUCUCCGUAUUCCGGAAAUACGUGGUUUCCACCUUUUCUUGCGACCCAGUUGUUGCCCGGCAGAAUCUCUCUUUGUUGAUGAACUCCGUUUGUAUGCGCCGGAAGAUUGAACGGCUCAAACUUCCUCCAGUCACAGAACGUGUUCACUAUGUUGAGCUCUCUCAAGCAGAGCGAACGCAAUAUGACAAGACACUGAACUCGAUGUUUUGGGAAUUGAGUCAUGGCUCGAGGGAGCAGGCGUCUGGUACACCUUUCGCAAGAUUUCAAAUUCAACUUCAACUCAGGCGAUUGUGCAAUCACGGCACAUUUCAGAAACCGUGGUCAUCAGGUGCAUUGAGCGCAAAAGCUCAAAGAGAAGAUAUUAUCAACUCGCUAGGACAAGACGCUGAUGUGAUGUGCUCACUCUGCCAUGGACGGACGCCUAUGUUGAUUGCAAGGUUCAACGAAAGCCGCACACCGCAGCAACGUGUACAGUUCACAUGUGAUGAAUGUACUGCCGAACGCUUCCAAAGUGCUGAUCAGUCAUCAAGUGCAGGCACUGGCGAUCGCUCCUACCCUGAAGCUGCUGAGCUCCUUCCCUUAGCUGUCAGGGAAAAUGAUGUCGGCCCUCAGGGGUUCUCUGCCAAGAUGCAAAUGCUGGUGGACGAUGUGAAUCAAGACCUCGCCACUACUAAAAGCAUUAUAUUUUCCAGUUGGACUAGGUCUCUUGAUCUCGUCCAAGUACACUUGCAGCGACUCAAUAUCGCCUAUUUGCGGGUGGACGGGAACACCGAGUCGAACAAUCGACAGCCGACUUUCGAUGCAUUCAACGACGACGAAAGCAUACGCGUUUUGCUGAUGACCACUGGCACUGGAGCUUAUGGGCUGAAUCUAACCAUCGCCAACCGGAUAUUCAUCCUCGAACCUCAGUGGAAUCCCGGGGUGGAGUUCCAGGCUAUUGCGAGGGCGCAGAGGCUAUUACAGAAGCAGACAGUCAUAGUGACUAGAUAUGUUGUCCGUGGCACUGUGGAAGAGGAUGUUUCGAGACAACAACAGAGUAAGCUGAAGAGAGUGGAGCUACUGUCCGCCGUAGCAUCCACUGCAGUCGUGUCAUAA